AUGGAAGAAGGAGAAAUUUCAAAAUCUCUUAUAGAGAAACAAAGCCCCCAACUACUAGCAAGAGGCCACAGCAAUGGUGGAGUAGGAGAAGAAGAAGGGCAGAAGAAUGAUGGAUGUUCUUCAGCUUCAACCAUACUUGUCCUUAGCACCAUGGUAGCUGUUUCAGGUUCAUACGUUUUUGGCACAGCUAUUGGUUAUUCAUCCCCUACUCAGUCUGGAAUCAUGGAUGACCUUUCUCUGUCUGUGGCUCAGUACUCUCUAUUUGGUUCAGUAUUGACAAUUGGAGCUAUGGUUGGAGCAGUAAUGAGCGGGAGGAUAGCUGAUUACUUUUGUAGAAGGAGUUUAAUGGGAUUUUCAGAAGCUUUCUGCAUCAUAGGCUGGCUAGCAAUAGCAUUUGCCAAGGUUUCUUGGUGGCUAGAUGCUGAGAGGCUGCUGGUUGGUUAUGGAAUGGGGCUUCUUUCCUAUGUGGUACCUGUAUUCAUAGCCGAGAUCACACCAAAGAAUCUAAGAGGAGCAUUCACAACAGUUCACCAGCUGAUGAUUUGCUUUGGUGUGUCUUUCACUUACCUAAUCGGCUCUUUCGUGUCAUGGAGAAUCUUAGCUAUCAUAGGAACUGUUCCAUGCAUUAUUCAGCUCUUUGGUCUGUUCUUCAUUCCUGAAUCUCCUAGAUGGUUGGCAAAAAUUGGCAGAGGAAAAGAAUGUGAAGCUGCUUUACAGCUUCUCAGAGGAAAACACUCUGAUAUAUCUGAUGAAGCAGCUGCGAUAAGAGAUUAUACUGAGAUAGUUGAGAGGCUUUCUGAAUCCAGCAGCAUGUUUGAGUUGUUCCCGUGGAAAUAUGCUCAUUCUCUCAUAGUUGGAGUUGGUUUAAUGGUGCUUCAACAAUUAGGAGGUGUCAAUGCCAUUGCUUUCUAUGCAAGUUCCAUAUUUGUAUCAGCUGGAUUCUCUGGCAGUGUUGGAACCAUUGCAAUGGUCGUUGUUCAGAUACCAAUGCAAGUAUUAGGAGUCGUGUUGAUGGAUAUAUCAGGAAGAAGGCCACUUCUCAUGGUUUCUGCAGCAGGUACAGGCUUGGGUUGUUUCCUUGUAGCAUUAUCAUUUCUGCUUCAGGGCCUUCAAGUAUGGACAAACAUCUCUCCAUUUUUAGCCCUUUUCGGAGUCCUGAUCUAUACAGGGUCAUUUUCACUAGGCAUGGGAGGGAUACCAUGGGUCAUAAUGUCUGAGGUAUUUCCCAUAAACAUGAAGGGGUCAGCAGGGAGCCUAGUGACAUUGAUUAGCUGGUUAGGGUCUUGGAUUGUUUCCUAUGCGUUCAAUUUCCUCAUGGUUUGGAGCUCAUCAGGGACUUUCUUCAUGUUCUCAGGGAUUUGUGGGGUGACAGUGGUGUUUGUGAUGAAGCUGGUCCCUGAGACUAAAGGAAGAACGUUGGAAGAAAUUCAGGCUUCUAUGAACCCAUUUUCUGGGAGGAGAGACAGAUUUUGA